AUGUCUGAGAUACGAAAACAUUUUGAUCUUUUCUGUGAGCUCACAUCCAUUCGCGGCUUGCAGCGCAUCAAGAAGGCGCCCACCUUCUUUGGUCGUGUAAUCUGGUCUGCCUUCGUCAUCGCCAUGACCCUUUCCCUCUUCAUAACAAUUGGUUUCCUGGCACGUGAUUUUCUCAGCUACAACACAGCCUGGCAUGCUCGGACCAUCAUCGGCGAUAAAACCAACUUCCCUGCAAUUACCGUCUGUGCACACAAUCCCUUCUCCCUGGAAGCCAACAUGAUUUGGAAACAAAACGACAUCCUCACACCAACGGGAUUUAAUAAACGGCUCAGUGAGAUAACGCUAGAGUUCAUCAAACACGACAAGCUCGAGUAUGCCAGUGUAAUUCUGUUGGACUCCACAGAGAACUACUUUGCCAACCUGCGGCCAAACGAAUCGCGCAAUCUCAGCCACCAGACGGACAUGUUCCCACACUGUAUGGUCACAGCGGACGGUGUCCGAAUUUUGGCCGAAAACUGCGCAGUAGAGGCGGAUACAGGCUUCACCAAACGCUACUUCUCCCACCCUCGCUACUUUAACUGCUGGACUCUGGAGACAGCUGCCAACCAAUCGACCAAAGAAACUGUGCGGCUGACGUUGCUCAUAAAAUUGGUGCCUUCAAUACAGAUCGACGAAGCCAAGAGCAAUUUCAUUAUGGACACUUUCUCACGCGGCGAGGGCGUGAAGUUAGUCGUGCACGAAAGCGGCACAUAUCCGGAAAUAGAUAAGCAUGGAAUAAACGUGCAGCCGGGCCGCAUGAAUGAACUCUCCUUCCAGACAAUAAAGUGGUGGCCGCGCACAGUGGAUUCUGCUCUGGUCAACACUAAGAUCCCCUACUGUUCAGCCCUGCCAAAGAAUCCAAAAGAUCCCAACAGCCUGAAAGACAUGGUGGAACGCCUGACGUGUGCCGGUGACCUCCUGCAUAGAGUAAAGGAAAUUAAAGAGGAGGCAAUACGAAAACGAAAUUGUAUCUCGGCUUGCUCCUUUUACACCUACCCCGUCAGUGCCAGUAUUACUUCGUGGAAGCCCAUGCCGGAGAAGUUGAAUUACUUUACUGAGAAGUGUAAACGUGUGGAAAGCCUUCAGAACAAUCCCGAGCAGAAAGAACAGUUUAUACGUUACCUAGAGCGCACGAUCAACUCCUCAUCGGUAGAGCUCAAUUCAAAUAGACUAACAUCUGUGUCGAGUAAAUUUGCGAAAAACUUUGCGGACGAGGGUCUUUACACCUAUAUUAGCCUUGUUCGGACGUCCUACGAUACGACCUUGCAAGAAGAACGAUUAAUAUUCGACUUUUAUAUACUCAUAUCACGCGUCGGUGGUCUGUGCUCCAUCUUCGUCGGGUUGACUGCCGCCUUUCUGGUCGAACUGAUUGAGUUCAUUUACCUUGUUUGCAGACAGUACAGGAAACACAGCUCAAAUGGGAAGAAGAAAGACAUGGAACUAGCUCAGAUGGAACGCAAUGAAAUCGCCUACCGAGAACUGACCAAGCAGAAUCCUCUGACUACGGAGGAGGCAAAUUCCACCAAGCUAGAGUGUCCCGAAACAGAGAAACUGAAUAAUGAAGAGUGA